GGGCCGGGCCGGCCGAACCCGGGGAAUCCGAGCCCGAGCCCCCGCCCCAGGCCAGCCUCUGCUGAAUCUCCGGCCCGAGCCCGAGGCCCCGCGCAGCCUCCGCCCCAGCGCCCGCGCGGGGCCCCGCAUCCCGGCAGCGCAGCUCGGCCCGCGGCGGCGCGGCAGGUGUUCCCGGCUCCCCUCCUGGGGGCAGCGGCCACCAUGUUCUCGUGCGUGAAGCCCUACGAGGACCAGAACUAUUCGGCCCUGAAGCGAGCCUGUCUGCGCAGGAAGGUGCUCUUUGAGGACCCCCACUUCCCCGCCACCGACGACUCGCUCUACUACAAGGGCUCCCCAGGGCCCGCUGUCAGGUGGAAGCGGCCCAAGGACGUCUGCGAGGACCCCCGCCUCUUUGUGGAUGGCAUCAGCUCCCAUGACCUGCACCAGGGCCAGGUGGGCAACUGCUGGUUUGUGGCAGCUUGUUCGUCACUCGCCUCCCGGGAUUCGCUAUGGCAAAAGGUCAUCCCAGACUGGAAGGAGCAGGAGUGGGACCCCGAGAAGCCCGACGCCUAUGCGGGCAUCUUCCACUUCCACUUCUGGCGCUUCGGGGAGUGGGUGGACGUGGUCAUCGAUGACCGGCUGCCCACGGUCAACAACCAGCUCAUCUACUGCCACUCCAACUCCCGCAACGAGUUCUGGUGUGCUCUGGUGGAGAAGGCCUAUGCCAAGCUGGCAGGCUGUUACCAGGCCCUGGAUGGAGGCAACACGGCGGACGCUCUGGUGGACUUCACCGGCGGUGUUUCUGAGCCCAUCGACCUGACCGAGGGUGACUUUGCCAACGACGAGACCAAGAGGAACCAGCUCUUUGAGCGCGUAUUAAAGGUGCACAGCCGGGGCGGCCUCAUCAGUGCCUCCAUCAAGGCGAUGACAGCGGCAGACAUGGAGGCUCGCCUGGCGUGUGGCCUGGUGAAGGGCCACGCAUACGCCAUCACUGAUGUGCGUAAGGUGCGCCUGGGCCACGGCCUGCUGGCCUUCUUCAAGUCGGAAAAGUUGGACAUGAUCCGCCUGCGCAACCCCUGGGGAGAGCGGGAGUGGAACGGGCCCUGGAGCGACACCUCAGAGGAAUGGCAGAAGGUGAGCAAGAGUGAGCGGGAGAAGAUGGGCGUGACCGUGCAGGACGACGGGGAGUUCUGGAUGACCUUCGAGGACGUGUGCCGGUACUUUACCGACAUCAUCCAGUGCCGCCUGAUCAACACGUCCUACCUGAGCAUCCACAAGACGUGGGAGGAGGCCCGGCUGCGCGGCGCCUGGACGCGGCAUGAAGACCCGCAACAGAACCGCAGCGGGGGCUGCAUCAACCACAAGGACACCUUCUUCCAGAACCCACAGUACAUCUUUGACGUGAAGAAGCCGGAGGACGAAGUGCUGAUCUGCAUCCAGCAGCGGCCGAAGCGCUCUACCCGCCGGGAGGGCAAGGGCGAGAACCUGGCCAUCGGCUUCGACAUCUACAAGGUGGAGGAGAACCGCCAGUACCGCAUGCACAGGCUGCAGCACAAGGCUGCCAGCUCCAUCUACAUCAACUCGCGCAGUGUCUUCCUGCGCACCGAGCAGCCCGAGGGCCGCUACGUCAUCAUCCCCACCACCUUUGAGCCAGGCCACACCGGCGAGUUCCUGCUCCGAGUCUUCACUGACGUGCCCUCCAACUGCCGGGAGCUGCGCCUGGACGAGCCUCCCCGCACCUGCUGGAGCUCCCUGUGUGGCUACCCCCAGCAGGUGACCCAGGUACAUGUCCUGGGGGCUGCUGGCCUCAAGGACUCCCCAUCAGGGGCAGACUCUUAUGUGAUCAUCAAGUGUGAGGGGGACAAAGUCCGCUCGGCCGUGCAGAGGGGCACCUCCACGCCCGAGUACGAUGUGAAAGGCGUCUUCUACCGCAAGAAGCCCGGCCAGCCCAUCACUGUCCAGAUCUGGAACCACCGAGUCCUGAAGGACGAGUUCCUGGGCCAGGUGUACCUGAAGGCUGACCCAGACGACCUCCAGGCCCUGCACACCCUCCACCUCCGGGACCGCAGUAGACGGCAGCCCAGUGACCUUCCGGGCACUGUUGCUGUGCGUGUCCUCAGCAGUGCCUCGCUCAUGGCCGUCUGACACCUGCCCACCUACCUGGCCCUGACAGUUCUCACCACCAUCUGCAUGUUCCCGCCGGGCCUGAGACUAGCCUGAGAGCCAGGACACAGGUCCUUUUCCCACUCUUCCACUGACUUGCUGUGUGACUUUGGGAAGUCUCUGCCCCUCUCUGAGCCUCGGUGUCCUGAAGGCCCCAAAGCAUUCCCUUCUUAUGGGGGCAUUUUCUUGCCUGAGACUUAAAAUAGCCCUCCCACCCCAAUUGUCACCACUGCUAAGGGAUUCUAUCCGUUGAAAACGUUUUCCCAAGGGCCUGCUGUCUGCUGAGGGGUGCCAAGAUGUCACUUGUUUACACACAAACUGCCAUGUCCCCAAAGUCCCAUUCUUGUCCCUUGUGUCCUGGGCCCACGUCAGUCUCCCAGAACUCACUUUCCCUGUCACCUACACCUGGUUUUCUGCCACCUUGAAAGCACUUCUGGCUCCUGCUGGAUUCCUGCUCAGGUCGGAAUUGGGCAAAUGUGCAGCUGGCAUUUGUUCAUUCUCUAAUCCUGUCCACUAACCCAUCCAGUUAGUCAUUCAACACAGAUUUGCCAAAUGAAUUAAUGAUACCCUUGAGGCUCUGAGUGAAGCGGGGCCCUCCCCGGCCUCUGCCUUGGGCCUCGCCUCUGUCCUCACGGCCUCUCAUAGGUGGGCGCCCCGAGGAACUGUGACUCCCCGCUCAUUCCAGGCUCUGAUUUCAUUCCAGCCCCUGGCUUCAGGUUUCCAGAGAGGUGGUGGCAGUGGGGGGCGAGGACGGGGCACCUUCCUGCCUCCACUGCAGAUGCAUGCCUGGGCUAGUGGGCCAGGGCGGGGGGGGGGGGAGGCACGUGCUCCCUGACCAGCCCCCCCCCACUGCAAGACCCCAGAUUUUCCUGGGAGAAGGGACUCUGGGGUGGAUGGUGCCAGGCCCACUGGGAUCAGGCCAUCCAUUGGCCUUGGCAGGAGAUGGUAGCUCUGUCACCUGGCCAGAGGGCCCCCCGCACCAUGCCCCCAAAAUGCAGUCAGGGAGGCCACAGUGCUCUCUUCUUGCUGCCUGGACCAAAAUGUUCCUUGUAGUCUUUAAUGUUUUAUAUUCUUUCAGUUUCAAAAACCUCAAUUUUAACCAGAGGCUUUUAAAGAAAAUGUAAAGGCCGAACCUCCUUUUUUCUUGAACUCCAGUUUUGUGGGUCCUCUGACUUUAUUUUGAUUCCACUUGGGGAGGGACGUGGGAGAUGGCAUCUUCGGAGGAGGUCUGCAGGUGGAGGAAGAAGAGGGUGUUUUGUACUGGGGUGUCUUGCAAGUUGGCACAGCCAUGUUUUUGUUGUGUGUUGGUGCCAUGACCUGGGGCCUGAGACCUGGGGUCUCUUCUAUGCUCUUCUUGGGCUUCCAGACCAAGCAUAACAGAUGGUUCAAGCACGGCAAUUCCUGUGGCCUUGCUGGGAAUUCCUUUUGGGGACCUGACUUUUUGACUCCAGAGCCGGCCGUGUGGCCCAGUGUCCUGGCUGGAGGUGCAGGCUUCUCUGACUUUGCGUCCUCCCCUGUGGCUGGCUCUGCUCCUGGGCCCUGGCCCUGGGCCCCGUGAAGGGCCAGGAACUGAAAGACAAGGAGGACAGGAGGACUCUUUCUCAGAUACAGGGACCUCCCCUCGAGAACCUGAGCCUGGGACCGAUGCUCUGUGACUGACCAGGAGCAAGUCACUUAAACCUCCUGUGCCUCGAUUUCCCCCUUCUAUAGAGUGGGGCCAAUGAUUCUCGUUGUCAGCACUCUUACUACCAAGUGCUGGAUAAGGGCAAAACAAUCCCCCUUUCUCCGCGUAUAUCUGUGUGCGCACACACUGCACGCACGGUCGUGUAAUCCCCACUUCUCCACGUCUCUUUCAAGCGAAGCUCCUGCGAUGGGGUGGAGAGGUGAGUGCUGGGGAAGCCAGCGUGGGCCCUGGCGCUGACUCCUGGGUCUUUGCUCAGCCAUGUCCCCCGGGAUACAGGAGCAGACCAGGGCCAAGCGUCAGGCCUGUGUGAGCCUCAGCCUGGGGCCAGGCAGUGUCUCCCACCCGCCACAGAGCCGCUUCGGCAGCCCUGCCCUUGCUUCCUGCCCGCAGAGGUGGGCCAGGCUGGCUCCUGGCUAUGCAGGCCUCUCUGGUCCCCAGCAGGUUAUGGGGCAGGGUGGGUGCGGGAGAGUAUUGCUUUGUUCAUCUUAUACACCCACGGGGGCCUUGGGGUCCCCAUUUGUCGAAGGGUGAGGCCUCAGCCCACACACCCAGACCUGAGCUUCCCUCCCCUCCAGGCCCAUCACGGGGUCAGAGGAGAGGAGGCCUGUCCUGUCCUCAGAAUAAAUG